AAGAGCACCGGAAAUAAUACCGUGUGUCUGGUAAACAGCUGAGAACUCACAUUUUAGACACAACAUUGUUUUCAGUAAUUUCAUUUUCAAGGGAAGUUUUAUCUAUUUUAUUGAGUGGAUCGAGGUAUCACAAGCAUGUCGACUAAAUCCUCGGUUGAUUUGCGAGCAGAGCUCGCUGAAUUGGUUAAGAGGAAGGCGGAGAUUGCUGACACGUUGGCGAAUUUGGAGCGCCAAAUUUAUGCAUUCGAAGGAAGUUAUCUGGAGGAUACUCAGUUGUAUGGAAAUAUCAUUCGAGGAUGGGACAGAUAUUUAGCGAGUAAUAAAAACACAAAUAGUAAAGCUGACAAGAGAAAUAGAAAAUUUAAGGAGGCUGAGAGAUUAUUUUCAAAAUCUUCCAUUACGUCUAUGGCUGCUGUCAGCGGUCUUGUGGAAAAUCCCCAGGAAAAAAUUGAACGAUACAGUGAAUCGGAGUCACAGAUGGGCAACAGCGGAAGUGAGGAUAAUUGCAACUAUACAAAUUCAAAUGUUGUGACAUCAGGAAAUAGCAAAGACUCGAGUGGAAAGAAUCACACGUCAAUACAAUCCAGUUAUUCUCAAAAUAAUGGAAGUAUAAGUGAAUCAACACCACUGACAAAUGGCCCAAUGUCCAAUGGGGGGAUUGAGCAUGUAUCAACACCAGCUAAAGAUGGUCAUGGAAACAGUAAAGAAUCUAAUAAAAAUAGAUCGUCUAAUAGUGCUAAAAAAAGUAGCAACAAGAGAGCUCGAAAUAGGUAGAAGAAAAUCAACUGAAAUUUUUUUUAUCAAUUUGUUCUUUCGAUUGUGCGCAUUUUUCUCAAGGAUUCUUGUACGUAAACGAAGACACUCUAAAUUAAUUAUGGAAAUGAAUGACGAGUCAAAUUUCCACGUAAUAUCAGAGACAUAACUUUUUGAGAUAAUUGUAAAAUAAUAGGCAUGACAAUUAAAAUUUCCCUUCAAUUUAUCUGUUAAAUGAUAAUCAAAAUCAUGGAAAAAUUCAACGGUAAGAUCUUUUUUUUCUCCUUUUUACGACGAUGAUAGUAUUAUUUCAGUGGAUAAACGUGUAUUUACUAGGAUUUUUAUCGUAAAAUUUGGGCGAACGAAGCGUUAAUGUAAGGACUUUUAUAGGUUUCUUACUAUUUCAAUGUGCAUGAACAUUUGAACUCGAGAAUUAGUGACUGAGAUAAAUUCAUUCAGGAUAAUUACACAUCUAUAACGAUGUUUUCAUUCAAGAGUUGAUCUGUCAUUUUUUUUUGUUUUCAGAGCCAAGUGAAACAACAAUGUUCACUUGACUGUGAAAUUCACGGGAUUAACAUUUACAAUGUCGUUAUCACUAGGAAAUUAACGUAUCUAAUAACUUGUAAAUAACUAUCAAAUGUUCAUUACUCAAUCGUGAAUUUAAUAAAUCCAUUCUUUUCAUAAUAA